CUCGGAACAGUAGACGAUAAAGAAGAAUCGCAACGCGUGGGUAGACGAGGGCGAGUGCAGUGUGCAGUGCGUGCGGUUCGUGUUCGCUGAAAGCUCGGGCUGCGAAGCCUCCGCGAGCGCGGCGACGGGCGAGCGCCCGCCUGCGUCAGUGCCGGCCCGGCCGUGCCAUAGGCAUCACGCUCCGCAAUAUCAUAACACUAACUGUUUACUGCUGGACAGUGACAUACACUUCACGAAUACCUACUCUAUUACUGCCUGCGAGCUGCCUACAGAAGUGUACGCGGAAUUCUUGCAAAUAGAAGUGAGACGGCAGGCGGCAGAUGGAUCGGAGGCGCGCGGCAGCGGCGCUGCUUGCGCUAGCCGCUUGCAUCACGUGCUCUGCAGCAGCACCCACGGCGGGCAAUCACACUGCGUUAGAAUUACAUGAUGGUCUCAUAGAGGGAUGCUACUACAAUUUUCAGCAUUAUGGCGAAGGCGACCGAAUCAUGACGAACGAACCAUGUCUAAACUGCACAUGUCAUAACCGGAUGCUUAUGUGUUACUUGCGGGUCUGCCCAUUCACAAAGGCUAUUGGCCAAGACUGCACGGUGGAGAAGCGAGCUGACCAAUGUUGUCCUAUAGUGACUUGCCCUGACGUUCCAGUUGACCUACUCACGUCGACUUCAACAUCUUCACCUGCUGAAUAUGGCGCAACUGGACUUGGCAAACUAGAUAGAUACGGAUGCAGUAUUCAUGGAAAAUAUUUCCCAGAAGGAGCCAAAGUUCCAUCCACACCAAACAAACCAUGCGAACACUGUUACUGCAUUCGCAACAUGACAACAUGUGUAAUGCAAGAAUGCACACUGCACGUUGAUGGAUGCACGCCCAUUUACCACAAAGAUGUCUGUUGCCCGGUUCGCUACUCUUGUGAUCACCCUGAAGACGAGAUUCUUCUUUUGGAUGAUAUGACAACGACCGUGCGCCCAACUCCAGGAUUCUUAUUAACGACCACAACCAUGGCGCCAGUAACCCAGAUGUCACAAGACUGUGUACAUGAUGACCAAAUAUUCUCAGAUGGUGCUCUUAUAAAAACUGAAAAAGCUUGUGAACAUUGUUACUGCAUGAAAGGAGAUAUAGUGUGUGUUGUUCAAGAAUGUGGAACACCAAUGGAAAACGAGGGCAAAAAUUGCACAUCAUUACCUCCACGCCACGGUCAAUGCUGUCCUGAUACGUAUAUUUGUGAAGGAGAUGAACCAGUUACUGAUUCGACUACCGAUUUUGUUGAGUUAACUUCUUCACCACCGAGAAGAGUUAGUGUUGAAGGAAGUGGAUAUAGAAAUGAACCUGAUGAACCUUAUACAGAAAUAAGUCCAGCAAUAACUGAAAUAGAAGGCAGUGGUGAAGACUUUGCAACAGGUUCUCAGAUAGAUACAGGAGAAAACAUAACUCCAGAAAAAGAAGUCAUUGAUGAAAUGUUACCAACUACAACUGAGAGUAGCCUGCAUUUAAGUCAAAGUACAGAACCAGACAAAGGACAAAACACAAUUCCUGACUUAGUCGUAGAUAAGGAAACGGCUCAAAAACCAACACAAGAGGAGGUAACACUUUCUGGUUUAGGAUCUAUGACAACAGCUUCUGAGGAAUACACAACUGCACGCAUAUCUGAUGCAUAUCUGACUUCUCAGAAAGACGCAAUUAGUACUACUGAAUCAGUACCAAAAAUAAAUAAUGAAAGUGAUUUUGAAGAAACUUUAAACCCUAAAGAACAUGAAAAGACAACUACAGAUUCCACAGGCUUACUAGAUAAAACUACUUCCACAGAUGAACUUAUACUUCACACAAAUCCUAACAUUAUUGAACCAGUUCAGAAAGCCACUAGUUCUCCUUCAACUGAAUAUAUAACUAAAGUUCAGGAAACAUCAGAACAAGAAGAACUAAGUACAGAAAUUUUAGAACAGUCUAGUGUGACUGAGAAAAAUAAAUUCACAGAUGUGUUCCAGACAUCGCCUGAAGCAGAAAUCUCUAUUGAGCUAACAACCAACACUAUCACGAACCUAGUCGAUGCAGAAAGUACUUCUAUAAACCCAAAUCUAAAUGAAAUAGAUGAUAGCGCUUCACCUGCAUCAACACCUAGCAGAAUACCUGGUGAAGGCGAUUGUCUCUUGAAUGGUAUCACCUAUACUAACAAUACAAAUGUACCCAGUACGAAUAAUUGUCACACAGGUUGUAAAUGUAUAAGUAGUAUCAUUAAAUGUGACCCAAUAAUAUGCAGUCCACCACCAGAAUAUAUGGAAAACAUGAAUGAUUGUCAACCUGUUUACGAUACCCCGAACUCAUGCUGUCCAACUUAUGUGUGCAGCGUUAAAGAAACAAUACCGCCAGAAUCACAUAGUCAUAUGUCUGGAACAGAGAGUCCUAAACCUAUUGCAAAUGAAUGUAGCGGCACUGACUGCUUAGAUAAUGAAGAUAAAAAAAUGCCUAUGGAGCCAACCAUUUGUACAUCUGGUAACUGUUUGAAUGAAAGUCCUGCAGUACAAAAAGAAUGUGAAUCAAAUGAUUGUAAAGACCAAGCUGAAACAAGUCAACCAAUGCCUUCUCAAGAUUGUUCUGAUGGUAAAUGUCAAAUAUUACCUGUAGAACCAUGUGAGGGUGAAAACUGUAAAACAGAGCUACCGAAAGAUACAAUCUUUGAAAAAGACUCGGAAUCCACAAAAACUCCCGCAAUCCAAGAAAAAUGUGAAUCAGGUGACUGUAACGAUCAAGUUCAAACAAUUCCAUUGAAACCUUCGCAGGAUUGUUCUAAUGGUAAAUGUGAACCAGAAAUACCAUGUGAAAGCGAAAACUGCAAAAUUCAACCAACAAAAGAAACGAUAUAUGAAAAAGAUUCAGAACCCAGUUCACAUAUAGUACCAGCCAUUGAUGUACCAACAAAAGUUUGUAAUGAAGAAAAUGGAUGUGAUGAAAAUAAUGUUAUUGAACCAGAAGAGUGUGUAAAUGAAAAUUGUCGACGAAAAGAUUUUGCAGAAACGGGAGAAAAAAUACCAUCAAAAUGUUCAGGCACUGAUUGCAAGCAACAUGAUGAACCAACUGUACAGUCUACAGAACAACCAACCGAAAUAUCAACUGAAGAAAGCACAGUAAGCGAUGUAAAUUUACAAAAGACGGAAAGCAUAGAAUCUCACAUAACAACAACAAAAGAAAAACUUACGAAGUCAGAUUUAGAUGUUACAAAACAACCUAUAUACAUAGAAACUACCGAAAAACUGUCUACUACAUUUGAACAAACUGAACCUCCUAAGAAAUAUUAUACAGAAAAAGGGACCAUCCAAACAGAUAUUUCAUUAAUUCAGACAGGUACUGAAAUAGCUGAAGAAGCUGCAACAGAAAUGCUUCAAACUGAAUCUCCAAAAUUAUCCGUCACAGAAAAUACAGAAUUACUAGGAAGUGUCAGUCAUACUGGUGAACUAUUAACUACAGAAAUUGAUAUAUCCUACACAAAAUCACCGGAAUAUCUUGAAACAGGAACUAUUCCUGGACAAAAUGAACAAUUCUCAACUAAGCCGCCACAUAUUGAUACUGAAGAUGAAACUGUAUUAGACGAAGAUCAUACAAAAUUACCUCAAAUUCCAUUGAGCGAAAUUGAAAAAUCUUCAACUGAAGCACCAGAAUUAAUGAUAACUGAAACUGGUGGAAUAAAUACGGAAACUUCUGAAACGAUCACCCAAAAAGAAGAAUUUGUAACAAAAUUGCCGGACACAUUCGGUACCGAAAAAGAAAUAAUUCAUUCUGGAGCGACUGAAACAUCAUUUUCUGCAACAGAAGCUACCCAAACCACACUUUCUAAAGUAACAAUUUCAAAAACGGAAACGAUACCUGAAACUUCAGAAGCAGUUACUGAAAAAGAAGUAAUGGAAACUAAAAUCCCAGAAUCAUUAGUAACUGAAAAAGAACAAAUACAAACUGAAGUAACUGAAACAAUUACUGAUCGUGAAGAUACUCAAACAAAUGCUCCAGAAUUAUUUGCCACUGAAAAAGAAGUCAUUGUAACUGAUGCCCCAAAAGUUACAGCUGCUGACAAAGAUAUAAUUCAAACAGAAAGCCCAGAAAUCAAAGUUGCUAUUAAAGUAACAAGUCCAACUGAAUCUCCAGAAAAAAUUGACACUGAAGAACAUACAACUCAAACUGAAUCUCCAGACGUUGCAGUUAUAACAAAAGAACACACUGAAAUGGAAACACCAAUAUUCACUGAAGUAAUGCAAACAAUAGCUCCAGAUGUAACAAUCACUAAAAAAGAUGAAGUUCUAACAGAUAUUACAGAAAUAUCAACAGAAAAAGAAAUCAUUAAAGUGAGCUCUCCAGACCUUCAUGACAUAACAAUAGAAUCAACUACUGGACAUGAAUCGUCAGUAGAAGAACAGACCAUGGUACAUUUGAAUCCAGUAACUGAUGAAACUGAAUCGUAUGUAACAAAAGAAUCCAUUUUCAAACCACAGGCAACUAUAACGGAGAAACCUGAAACAACUGAUGAAGAAAACAAGUACGAUGAAUCUUAUAAACCAAGACCAACAAAAGCUGAAGAUAUACCCACAGAAGAUACAACUGAAAUUGCCACCGAGCCUAUAGAGUCUGAUGUUACAAAAACCGAGACAAUGCCAGGAGAAACAUAUGCAGGUGUAACAGAAUUGAUAAGUCAGCCUACAUUAUUGGAAGUAGCAGGUGAAACUACUACAAAGGAAACUCAUAAAGUUACUACAGAAGGACAAGAAAUGUACACCAAAUCACCUCAAGAAAUUGAAACAAGUGCUGAAGAAAAAGAAGUCACUACCGAUAAAAACUUGCUUUACACAUCAAGACCUGAUGCAGAUGAAACAAAAUCGGAUGAUGUAUCCCAAGCUAUAGAUAAGUCUUUCACUGAAAGUCAAGUAGUUGUCACAGAGGGACCAGAGAUAUUAACUUCACAAAAUGUCGAAAUAUCUACAGUACACGAUGUAAUAGUUACCGAAAAAUACAAAGAAAGCCAAGACACAGAAUUAACUUCACUGCCUACAAAUGCAAUAACUGAUAAGCAAGAAAAGCACACAGAAGCUCCUGAAACAUAUUCAACUAUAUUGCAAGCACAAGAUAAAACUACAAAGCUUCCAGAACUAUAUACAACAUUAGUAGAGGAAAUUAUGACACCUGAAAAAACCACUGAAACUCCAAGUUCAGAACUAGAAAAAGAUCAAAAAGAUAUAACUGACCAAAUUCAUCUAACUACACUGAAAAUUAUAGAAGAAUUAACAACUACAGAGAGUAGUAAGUUUGUGACAGUAACUCCUGUACUAUCUACAGAACCUCAACAACAACAAUCUUCAACUGAUCAGAAACUAGAUUCAGAAUAUCCACAAUUGACUACUAAGAUAGAAGACAGUAAUAAAGAAUCAGAAACUUCUACAGAUAUUUUAGAGCGUGUGACAGAAAUAACUAAAACUCCUACUGAUUAUCCAAAGAUCACGGAUGAAAUAAAGCAAGAUUUCACCACAAAGAUAACAGGACAAGACAUAGUUACUGAAACAUAUAAAGAAACAACAAGUGAUAAUUCACCUUCACAAACAACUAAAGAUGAACUGCCUACAGAAAUACAAAUUAUCUCUCAAGAAACUAGUUAUACCAAAGCAGAUAAUGAACCAAUUGUUGAAACAAGUACAAGCACUAUUUUAGAAAAAGAAAAAGAAAAAGAACAAAACCAAGAAAAAACAACGAUUAUAUCUCAGACUACUCAAAGCAGCGAUAAAGACGAAUUUGAAGCAACAUUGUCAAUCACAGAGACCUCUGAGCCUGAGUUUGUGACCGAAAAAGACACAGUUACAUAUACAACAAAGGGCGAAGACAAAGAUGAUGCUGAAAAAGAUGGUUUGAAACCAUUUGUUUCUGGUGAAAAACCUUCCGAUACAACAGAAGAAUCUGGUUUUCUGGGAACACAUAAGCCCGAUCAUACUGAUAUUGACUCAUUAACUACACAAACAUUAAUGCCAAAUGUUGCAGAUACUAAUAAAAAUGUACAAGGUUCUGAAAUGAGCACUGAAAAAUCUGAAUCUAUCACAAUGUUUGAGCAAGUCACGUCAAAUAUCAAAGACAGCGUAACAACUGAAUCACAUUUAUCCUAUACUAGUUCAGAAGAUAAGCUUUCUACUACAGCCUUGGAUAAUAAAGAAACACAAAAAGAGCAACAAUCAGAUUACGGUGAAUUUAAAACGACAUCUUCAGUUACUGAACUGCCCAUGUCACAGGUUACUCAUAUUGAUCAUGCUUCAUCACUACAAACUACUAUAACCGAUAAAGAAGAAAUAGCGGAACAAGCAUCAAAAACUACCGUGGAUCUAAAAUUGGAACAAGAGAAAACGCAAACUCCUAUGAUUGAGUUACCAAAACGAUCAACGGAAAUUCCUGACUAUCAUAUCACACAACAGGAAAUGGAGAUAGAAAGUUCUUCCAAAUUAAAUGUACAUGAUUUAAAUAAUUUAGAAGUAGAUCAUGCCGAAAAAACAACUACAUCUAGCAUGGAAUCAAAAACGACAGCAAUUCCUCACCAGCAAACUGACUUUUCUAAAGAUGUCCCUACUGCUGGAACUAUAUCUGACUUGUAUAACCAAAACACGGAAGGUACACCUACUUCAGAGAUGAAAGAAGGAACCAUAGAUACUCAAUCACAAAAGACUACAACAGUAUCAUUACCAAUUGAAAAGGUGACUGAUCUUUCUCAUGAGCAAGAAACUCCUUUGACAGAAUCUGUAACAGAAAUUGUAACUAAAUCUCCUCAUGAAACGCAAACUGUCCUCGAAGAAAAUGCUACGACUUCCUCAAUAUUGCUGGAUGAUGAACACGUUAAGGAAACUAUGAGUACUGAAGCCCUUCCAACUGAGCAACACGGAUUAGUUACAGAAUAUCCAGAAAAAAAUGUCCAUGAUGUGUAUUCAACUUUGCCUGAAAAAGAAACUUCUGCAAGCGAAGAACUACUUACUGGCACUGAACCUACUAAGAUAUCGAUAGAGAAAGAAUCUGUAUCAGAUCCAUCAUUGUAUGUUCCAGUUGUGACUGAACUUACAGAAAGACCGAUGCCUGUAGUAACAGAAGUCAGUCAGCCUGAUAUCACUGAGAAAGAUAACAAACGAACUGAAAUAGAAAUACAGUCUGAAGAGAAGACUACGACAUAUAUCAAUUUAGAUGAAGUAACAGAAAAAGACACUUUAUAUACAGAAAGUAAACCACUUUAUACCACAGAAGCACAAAAUAUAGUUACACAGCAAAAAGAAAUGAACACUGAAGCAUUGGAUAGAGCUACAACAGUACCUGACCAAGUUAUUACACAGAGUUUAUCUACUAGUAUACCUGAACGCGAUGAAUCCUAUGGAACAACUGAUAGUGUAGACAAAGAUAAAACAGAUGAACAUAUAUCACCACAUAGCACAACACAGAUGCCAGAAAUAAAUACGAAAGAAACUCAAACAGAAGCUAUUGGUAUAGAAAAAACAACAUUAACUGUGCAAACACAUUCUGAACAGGAAGAACCAAGUCUUACAGUAACGGUAAAAGAAACUGAAUCUCAACCUGAAAACCAGAGUACUCAAUCUACAAUAGAAAAUGAAUCACCUAUCACAGAAGCAACAGCAGACUCCAGUACAGAAACAGACAAGAAAGUACCAGAUGUACAUAUACCUACAGAGUUAACACCGACAACGUUAGAAAACUUUUACACUCAAGCACAAACUACACAAGCACAUAAAGAGUUUGAUAAAUCAGACGAACCAAAACAGACAACUGAACCAGAACAUGAAUUUAGUGAAACAACCCCAUUCCUAGUUGAACUAAAAGAACAUACACAUCAAGUAAUUGAUGAUAGCUCACGAACGCCUAUUGAAGAAAUACUUACGACUCCGUUAUAUGAACCACAGCAAACAGAACGAGGUGAUCAAAAUCUAGAUGCUACUGAUAAAUAUGAAGAUGAAUCAUUGGUACCUAUUAUAGUAACAAAAUAUGAGCAAGAGGUCAAAGAAAAGCCUAUUACAGAUGGUCAAGAACAAGCGGAAGAAAAAGUUCCAACUACGAUUUCACCUGUUAAAGAUUUCACAGAACACAUAAGUGACACUGAGAUAAUUCCUACAACUUCAUCUACGUAUCUUGAAACAGACUUACAAGAAAAAGAAAAACAACAAACUACAGUGCAAGACGUAGUGUUAACGACUUCUGCAGCUCCACAAACAGCUAGUGAAAAGGAACUGUACACGACUAUAACAACUGAUAUACAAAAUUUAACAUAUCCAGUUACUGAAACCUCGAGUAUUUCGACCGAAAAAGAUAUUCAUUUAGCCACUGAAGAACCACAGAAAUCAGAAACAUCAAUGGGAACUACGUUAUUAGACGAAGAUUUAUUACAAGGACCCUCAAAAUCGACAACAAGCAAGAUCAAAGAAGAAAGUACAACACACUCUUCAUUGACUGACAAAUUCACUCAACCUGAAGAAAGACCAAUUAAACCGACACCUUCUCCUCCUACGCAGGAGUUAACUAAACCAGCAUUUGACGACGAAAUCAACGAGGGUAUACCAUCCCCCGACUUCCCUCCAAGUGGAAGUGGGGGCUACGGACAAGAGCCAGACUACGUUGAAGAGGAUCAAGCCUUUGGACCUGGAACCUGUCGAUAUGGAGGCAAAGUAUACGUGUCUGCGCAACAAAUCCCCAGAGACGAUCCCUGUGAUUUCUGUUUCUGCUUUAGAAGUGAUAUUAUCUGUCUACAACAAAGUUGUCCACCACCUAUUCAUGGAUGCCACGAAGAACCCAUACAAGGCUUCUGCUGUCCACGAUACGAAUGCCCUGUGUCCAUGGCUACUACGCUUAAUGUUACAACGACCACGACAACUACUACUACAACGUUACCCCCACAUUUCCUCCCUCACGCUUACAAGGGUGCAGCUCAGAGGAGAGGAUGUCAAAUAAAGGGUCACACUUAUAAGGUUGGGGAGGUUGUAAGAGCAUCGUCGGGACCAUGUUUACUUUGCACAUGUGGUGGUGAUGGCCAAAUGAAAUGUGACCCUAAAGCGUGCACGCCAGAACCUAUGUUAAGACAAAUGAUAGCAGCCGCUGUUUCGGCAAAGAGACGAAGGUGAAAUACCUCAGCGGUAUUAACAUGAAGUACGUCAUCACAAGAAGAACAUCUAAUGUGAUAUGUGACUUUCAUGUAUUAUUUCAUGCACAAGAAUAAUGCUCAAAUUUCACGAUGAAUUAGUUUAGGAUUUCGUGUCAUAUGUAGUAAUCGCUAUAAUAAUGUGUUAUACUUUCAUUUUGUCGCGGCACGCACCAUUUUUUUAAAGAAAAACCCAUGACUGUGAUUAAAAUAUACUUUCAUAAUAAUUAUGUAAUUUACGAAAUCUCAAAUGUCAAUUUCGAGUCAUAGUAAUUUUAUUAUUGAUGGUUUAUUUAUUAGAAAAUAUUUUAACGAAAGUCAGUGCCAAACGAUAGUGCUAAGUUGUAACGACUGCGCCCCUUAUGUUAAAAUUUUCCAACGAUAUUUUUUAUAUGACCCGACCUACCGAAGCCUUGCCAAUCAAAGUAUAAUUUGUUCACUUCAAAACGUAAAGCUUCGAAGGUCAGCUUAGAUCGCCGAAAUCUUGACCAUUUUUAACAUAAUAAAAACAAAAAAAAAUUACCGAUAUAAGUUUAGUCAAUUCUUUAUUUUUACACGAUGCUGUUGCGGUCUAGUAUCGUGUAAAUAUAAAGUAAUUUAAGGAUCCCAGAAGAUGUUGUAAAUGCCUUACUUAAUUUGUAAUAAUUUAUAUAUUUUAGGUGUAUAGUACUUAAGCCAUGUUUCGAGACCAGUGACUACUUAUUAUAAUUUAGAAGUAAAACGAGGCCCUUUGCGCUGAUUUCGAAAAGUGUCAGUCGAUGCAAUAAGCCUCGGCUGACACUUCUCUCCACUUUCAUGUCUUGCAGAAAGCGACACGGCAAUGAUCUUGUUUUCUACAAUUCGUGAAAACUUUGACACUAGCACUUGCACCGUAAAAGUGGCCGAGAAUAAUGAUCGUUUUGUAAAGAAUUUUACAAUGUAGCUCAUUGAUAAAGCAUAUUGUAGGAUCUUUUGUAACUUUUGAUAUAAAAGUGCUGGUAGUUUAUUGAAUAUUUGAAUCACAGAUCGAGGCGGGUACGAAAGUUUCUCGACUAUUGUAAUCGUUAUUUACAUGGUAUUGAAUAAGCGGUUACAUUAAUUCGUACCACCCUCCUUCUGUAUAAUGAGGUUGUAGUUAUAUCUCCUUAUUUAUUUAAAGUUAUAAUAAUAGUGAUACUUAUUUGUUUAACUGGUGAUAUAAUGUGUACUGUUGCAAUAGUCGACUAUGGUUUAUUGCAGUUCAUUACGAAAUAUUAUGUCAAUUAUACAAUUAAUUUUAUUUCAUUGGAUUUAUGUUUUACCGAAAUUAAACAUCCCUAGCUAGGAUCUAGCUGCCUGUACAACUUCUGCAAACGAAUUUUAAAUAAAAUAUUUCAAAUCAA